AUGAGGCUCAUGGCUUCGUGUCCCCCUGAGGAUAUGAGGCUCCUGGCUCCGUGUCCCUGUGAGGAUAUGAGGUUCAUGGCUUCGUGUCCCUCUGAGGAUGUGAGGCUCAUGGCUCCGUGUCCCUGUGAUGAUAUGAGGCUCAUGGCUCCGUGUCCCCCUAAGGAUAUGAGGCUCAUGGCUCCGUGUCCCUCUGAGGAUAUGAGGCUCAUGGCUCCGUGUCCCUGUGAGGAUAUGAGGCUCAUGGCUUCGUGUCCCCCUGAGGAUAUGAGGUUCAUGGCUCCGUGUCCCUGUGAGGAUAUGAGGCUCAUGGCUUCGUGUCCCCCUGAGGAUAUGAGGCUCAUGGCUCCGUGUCCCCCUAAGGAUAUGAGGCUCAUGGCUCCGUGUCCCUCUGAGGAUAUGAGGCUCAUGGCUCCGUGUCCCUGUGAGGAUAUGAGGCUCAUGGCUUCGUGUCCCCCUGAGGAUAUGAGGGUCAUGGCUCCGUGUCCCUGUGAGGAUAUGAGGCUCAUGGCUCCGUGUCCCUGUGAGGAUAUGAGACUCAUGGCUCCGUGUCCCUGUGAGGAUAUGAGGCUCAUGGCUCCGUGUCCCUCUGAGGAUAUGAGGCUCAUGGCUCCGUGUACCUCUGAGGAUAUGAGGCUCGUGGCUCCGUGUCCCACUGAGGAUAUGAGACUCAAGGCUCCGUAUCCCCCGGAGGAUAUUCCUCCAUUAUGA